AUGUGUUGCAACUACUACGGCAACUCCUGUGGCUAUGGCUCCAGCUGUGGCUGUGGCUAUGGCUCCGGCUAUGGCUCCGGCUAUGGCUGUGGCUAUGGCUCUGGUUAUGGCUGUGGCUAUGGAACUGGCUAUGGCUGUGGGUAUGGCUGUGGGUUUGACUCCCGUUAUGGCUGUGGUUAUGGAACUGGCUAUGGCUGUGGAUACGGCUCUGGCUCUGGCUACUGUGGCUACUGGCCAUUCUGCUUUAGAAGAUGCUAUUCUUCCUGCUAAAACAUUACUGUCAGGGACCAUUUGCUUCCAAAAUGACGCGUCUGAAGAUAAUGCUGAUUCAAGGAUUCAUACUCCAAGAUUUCUAUAUCCAAGAAUUACAUGCUUGACAGUCUUG